AUGUCGGACACUACCCCCUCGCGAUUCUAUGUGGCCCUUGUUGUGAGCUUUCACAUUGGCACCGCCCUGGCGGUUACCAUCCUCAACAAGUUGGUGCUGAACAUCCUUCCCACGCCGGUCACACUUCUUCUAUGUCAAUCGGUCAUGUGCGUUGUCCUCAUCCUCAUCGGAAAUGCAUUCAAACUCUGUACGCUUCCAAAGCUGGACUCUAGCUACCUGAGCGGCGUUGCGCCACUGCUAGCCAUGAAGAUUGUCGCUCAGCUGUCCAAGACGUAUUGUCUUCUGAACGUCAAUGCGUCUUUCUAUCAAAUCGCCCGGGGCCUACUACUCCCCUUCACCAUCAUGCUGUCGUUUGUGUUUCUACGAAAUUCCAAGCCAAAUUCUUGGGCGCUCUUUGCCUGUGGAAUCACCACGUUUGGUUUUCUCAUGGGGGUUUCCGGGGAAGCUGCCGGACAGACGUCCACCGUGGGAAUUGCAUGGGGAAUCUGGUCAUCGAUUACAACCGCCCUUGAAACCGUCCUGGUCAAGUACCUCGCCUUGAAGACCGGUGUCAUCGAUCUGGUUUACGUGACCUCCUUGGCGACCACACCAGUCUAUGCGUUGCUUGGACUUAUGAACGGCGAGCUGCGACAGAUUUCUGCCUUGGGAUUACUUCAUCCGGUCGCGAUACGCUUCGAGAAACACGUGUUUGUGGCUGGCUUGUUCAACUUUGCCCUGAGUGCGGCUGCAUAUUUGCAGAUCCGGGUGACAUCGCCAACAACUCAUAUGAUCUCCACGGCUGCCAGAGGCGUCCUCCAGUCGGUACUGGCGGUCGUCUUCCUCGGAGCCGAGCGGCUCACGGCAUCUCGAAUCAAGAGCAUUGCAGUCAUCUUGACAGGAACAAUGUUAUAUACAUUGGUCAAAGAAAUGGAGAAGAGAGGAGCUAAAUUGAAGGGAGGGCUCCCUGUCCACAACAAGCGCGACGAGACACAGUCAAGUCGCACGAGCCAGGACAGCCACCGCAGACCCUUGAUCGAAAGCAAUGCGUUUAGCGAAAAGUGA